AUGCCGGUUGUUCAAGCAGCGGUCAUCGAUCUUCAGUCGUCUUGCUCUCAGCGUCAAAGAUCUCCGAUGAAGGGUUUUACGGUGGUGGGGCACAGCAGCAAACACCCGUUGCCCUCCAGCAGCUCGCCGUCUGGCAAUGCAAUCCCGUCAGUGGUGAUGCAAAAGAACUUGAUAGAUCCAAGGAUCGAUGCAAGUUGUGCAAAGGAUCAGGAUCACGGCCACCAGCCUCGCCCAGUUCCCAGGCGAGCAGCGUCGAGUAUUUGGUUAACCGACCCAAAACCCGGACGCUCCCAACGUGACAUCGCAUCCCUCAAGCAACCAACAGCAUCGCACGACAGCAAGCAAAUCGCAUGCCUGCGAAUGGCUUCCGGCCGCCUCACCCUGCGCUCGCACUUUUGGCAGAAGCCUUUGUCCCUCCGCAGCGUUGUCGCCCGUUCCUCCAGAUCGCUGCCCGCCACAAUGUCAUCGCCGGCUCCUAACACCAAUCAGUCAAGAAGGAUCUCCGCGUCGACAUCGCCUCCAGCAUCGUCGCCGGCAUCAAAGGUAGCGGUCCAGUACUCCGAAGGAUGUGACCCAUCAAUUGCACAGCCGGAUCUCGACGUCCUGCUCGGCAAGGAGACUGGGCGAUGGGAGCUGUGCCAGGACGCGCGCGGCAUUCGUAGAGAGUACCGGUUCAAGUCGUUUAAAAAGGCCUGGAUAUACAACAAAGUCUCGAUUACUUGGACGACUCACCGCCCGCGCGGUCUCAGUCUUAAAGACCUAAAGAUGGCCAAGUUCUGUGACGAGCAGGCAGCGGUGCAUGAGGAGAUAGUGGUUCCUCCACCCUUGCCAGAGCAGUCCCAGUGA